CCGCUCGCGCCCUCACUUCCUGGGGCGGGCGGGUUGAACAUGGCGGCGGGCCGCUGGGGCGGGCGGCGGCUCCUCUGCGCCGGGGCCGCUCUGCUCUUCGCGGCGGUGCUGGGUCCCGCCGCCUCCUUCUCCUCCCGGGCAGGCAGCCCCGGCGAGCCGCGGAGCCGCGUGCAAGUGCUGGGCGGCUCCAACUGGAGCCUGGUGUUGCAGGGCCAGUGGAUGUUGGAGUUCUAUGCUCCUUGGUGUCCAGCUUGUCAACAGAUUGAAUUGACGUGGGAGAGUUUUGCAAAGGAAAGUGAACAUCUGGAUAUCACUGUGGGAAAGGUGGAUGUCACUCAAGAACCAGGCUUGAGUGGUCGUUUCUUUGUCACAACACUUCCUACAAUUUAUCAUGCAAAUGAUGGAGUAUUUCGCAGAUACAGAGGCUCACGAACAUUGGAAGAUCUUCAAGGUUAUGUUUUAGAGAGAAAAUGGGAAGCUGUGGAGCCUGUAGCAGGAUGGAAGUCUCCAUCUUCUAUAAUGAUGCAUGGUAUGGCAGGGCUAUUUCACCUCUCUGGAUGGAUCAGGCAAAUUCAUAGCUACCUCACUGGCACUCUUGGAAUUCAUGUUUGGUUUUCUUAUGCAAUCUUCAUCUUGGCUACCUUAUUGAUUGGCCUGUUCCUGGGUUUGAUACUGGUUUUGAUUUCAGACUGCCUUUGUCCAUCCAAGUCAAGAUACAGAGCUGAAACAUGUGAAGAAGCAAUUACAAAGGAUAAUGUGGAGAAUGCAGCAUUAGAAGAACCGGAGGAGGCUGCAGAGCUUUCCGCAGAUGAUGCGGAAGAGACUGCAGAUGUAAAAGAUCUCUCGGAUGGAGAAGAUGCAGCAAAUUCAAGUGCUGAUGACUCAGAGGAGGAUUUAGCACUUGGAAAAGAAUCAGGGGAAGAAGAAAUGGAAGACUUAAGUGAACAACCUUUAGCUGACUCAGAGACUGAAAGCUCAGUAAGACAGCGUAAAAGUCAGGUGGCUGAUAAUGGACUAUAGCUGUUUUGGUGGUGUAUUUCGUACAUUUGGACCAAAGAAGUAUCAGACCCUGCGUCUGAAACAAGCUUACACUUGAUUUAUCAUUUGUGUUUACGCAAAACCUCUGCUCUGUCAGCAGGCUUCUCUUUUUUUUUUUUUUUUUUUAAGCUAAUACUUGUUCACUGGGUUUGUUUUAUAAGCAUGUCUGCUGUGUAUUGUAUAACUUUAGCCAUGACAAUCAAAAUAAGUGUAUCUUAUCCUAAAUAAGUAUAUCUUACCUGUUUGAAGUCUUCGAAGAGAAAAGGGGUGCAACAGAGUCUCAGUGCACCGGCUAGGAAUGGUCGUGUAUGAUUGUGUUCCUUUCUAAGUAUUGACCUAAGGAAGAUCAGGACUUUUUACAGCAGCUUGGCAGGACUGUGACUUUUCUGUCUGAAUAUCUAUUGUAUCCAAAUGCCACAGAAGCACCAGAUAAGUGAUACAGUAGUGAAAGAAGGCACCUUACUAGUCUUCUGUUAAAAAUGUAGUGUAUGAUGGGCUUAUUUUUAUCACUUUCAACUGAAGCACCUUUCACUUUCAUUUUUAUUAAUGUUUGUUUUGAAAGUUUAUCAUACAGUAUGCUGCAUUCCCCCAGAUUUCUCAGUUUUUGGUAAUUUGGAGGCAUGCGGCAUGGCUCAAGCUUGUCAGCUGAAUUUUUUGACCCAAGAGCUUUGAGUAAUUGAAAACCUCAGGCCGAGAAAGUGGCAGCUAAAUGUUUAAAAUAUGCUUGAACUUUUUAAAGGAAAUUAUUUUGGUCAGGGGGGAUUUUUGCCAAAGCAUGACUUCCCCCUGCCUUCAAGAGAUUGUAGCAAGAAACAUUCGCUUUGCAGUCAGUGAGUUGUAUGUUUCUUGCCAAUACAAGCUUGUCAUGUGCAGUGCAAGUUCUGCCAUUUCCAACUUGGAAUGCUUUUGGCAGAAGUCAGACUGCUUUAGUAAUAUUAACUGAAGAGGCACUUAAGGUUUUACCUUUGAUUGCUUUUCUACUUUUUAUCAUGGGAAUCGGCACAUUAGGAAGAGAGGGGCACGGGUGGGUAGUGGGGAGAAGCUUUUGGGUUUGCUGCUUUUAUCAAGGUAUACGUUUAUCUGUUGAACUCUGUAAAGUGAAAAUGGCUUGCCAGGUACACUGCAUUAGGUGUGGUUAGAAGACUUAAGUCAUUAAAGAUAUCAGUAUUUCCCUCCUUCGUCUUGAUUAAUAUAUAAGGCUUUUUUUAAGGAAUACCUACAGUGAGAUCCUGUAUGUUUCUGUUGGUGUGUGAUCAUGUGCAUAAGAUGUGUCACAGAAUCACAGAAUGGUUUGGGUUGGAAGGGACCUCAAAGGCCGUGUAGUUCCAACCCCCCUGCCAUGGGCCGGGACGCUCUCCACUAGACCAGGUUGCCCAAAGCCCCAUCCAACCUGGCCUUGAACACUUCCAGGGAGGGGACAUCCACAGCUUCUCUGGGCAACCUGCUCCAGUGCCUCACCACCCUCACAGUAAAGAAUUUCUUCCUCAUAUCUAAAUCUCCCCUCUUUCAGUUUAAAGCCAUUCCCCCUUGUCCUGUCACUCCAUGCCCUUGUAAACAGUCCCUCUCCAGCUUUCUUGUUAGGCCCCUUUAGGUACUGGAAGGCUGCAGUAAGGUCUCCCCGGAGCGUUCUCUUCUCCAGACCGAACAAUCCCAACUCUCUCAGCCUGUCUUCAUAGGAGAGAUGCUCCAGCCCUCUGAUCAUCUUAAUCUUGAUUAUUUUAUAUACAUAUAUUGUGUAAAACUUGCUAACAUGCAUGGAUUUCAUCUUGUUCUUCAAGAAUAAAGAGUAAUCAGAGAUGAAAUAAUCUCUCAUUAGAAGAGACGAGUUGCAAGUGCAAAAUGCUGGUUUCCUUUGAGGCUGAGACAGGGCCAAUUUGUGUUGAAAGUUGUUUUGCAUUUGCCUUUUUUGAUGCUCAUAAAGAGCGUAUUUACAGAGAAAAGCUUAACUUUUCCUCUUUGUCCCGUUGCAUAUUGUGUCUUGGAACUAUAUAGUAAAAACUUUACAUUUGUCCAUUACAGCUGUGCGAAGAACAAAAUUGCAUUGCAUAUAUUGAAUAUGAAUUCUCUUAAGGAAUGUUCUCAGUCUGGAGCUUGAAUUUCCUAUAGUGGACACAUGUAAAUAUGCUUUCAUAUAUGUGGAAACAUACAGUUGAUAAUAGAUAUACAUUGCACUAUAAUGAGAACAGUUUGGUAUUAUUUGGGCAUUGUCCUAUGUAACUGAGCAACUGUGGAAGCUUACAGACAGCAGAACUCAGCAGCAGUUGAGGUACAUAGCAGGUUUUUUAAAAAAAACACAAACAAAAAUCCCCAAACAAAACCAAACAACCUCCCCAAACUGAAGCUAAGCUUUAUUUGCAAAAAUUAAGAAAACUUUGUGGCUGCUGUAGUCUGGAAGGAAGAACCGUGUGACUAAAAGCUCAGAGUACAGAUUUUUUUGGUUUCCAUGAUGUAUUUGCUUUUUUCAUUAUCUGUGCAUCAGGAGCUCAUAAAAGUCCAAAAGAAAAACAAGACUUUAACCAUAUUUCAUGAGACAAGCAGGAGUUGGUGUGUAUAUUCAGAUAUGUGAACUUGCGUAAGAUAAGAAUAGACAUAUCCCCUCAGUCAUGGACACUGAAAAAUAUGUGGGACUGUAUCCAGCACGGAUUAAAGACAAUGAUGACUUUGGUUGUGUACCAAAGAGGAUAUUUAUACUGCAGAGAGUCUUGUGAUACUCAGUGUGUAGGGGGGAGCAUGUUGAUGUUAAAUUUUUAUUCCGUUUCUCUUCACUUUUGUAAUAUGGAGCCAGUCAUCUAAUAGCCGCUUCAUCUGUUUAAGAGGUUUUAACUUUGGAAGAUACAGAACAUCCUUAUACCUCACAGUGGCUGCUUUGUAUGUUGUUGGGAACAUGAAGUAUUAAAAGGUCAAGUGUACCUCUUUUCAGUGCUCAAGAUGAGGUAUUUGGGCUUCUUGAAUGUUUAGACAGAUAAGGUGUUCUCACAAGAGUUGGAUUUCAUUACUCUGUCUUUGAAUUUAAAAAACAAAAACACAAACCACAAAUGGCACUUUGUCCUAUGAGACACAUGGUUUCCAAGAUGCUGUGAGAAAGAUCGGAAGCUCCUUUGUGUAGUGAUUCUCUGAAGUCUCUGCUUACAUUUCCUCUGGUUUUGCAUGUCACUUAAGUUUCGAUUAUUUAAAAUGAAGAUAUUAAGUAUUUUCUAUCAUAAUAGCCCUAACUAUAAGAUCGCUCUGUGAACAGGGAUUAAGAAAGCAGGCAGCAAGUGACAGCAGUUCAUCUCUUCGUAGGUUUGUCUUGUGAACCUGGAAAUGAGCUAUAGUAGGCUUCUAAGGUUUCUUGAACUUUAUAUAUAUAUGCCAUUGCUCCUGUGUUUUCAUUAAUAAAGUAGGGAAUAUUACUGCUAACUUGGGUUUGACUGUAUUUGACAUAUAUUGGAGUAUCUUAUUACAAAGGUCACUAAAUUGUGGUUAAGACUUUAGAAAAACAGAUGCUAUGCAACCAUUGGUAUCUCCAACUUAGUUUUACAUUUGUAGGAAAAAUAUUAUAGCAUGAUACUGGAGAUACUCAACUUUGACCAGUGUUUAUCUGGCAAACAAGAAGUAGCAAACACUGUAAAGGGUAAAUGUGUUUAACAGAAAGACCACUAGCUAUGCGGUAAAAAUGUAAUGUUAAUAUACCUUCCAGAAUCAGGGUUUUUUCCACUAAAACACAUUUUGAUUGAAUCAUGCAAGUAUAGUACUAGUUAGACUAUUACAAUAGUAUUAAACUUGGUGUGUUUCCAAAACAAAAGUCAGCAUCAACCUUUUGUGCAAUCUGAGUGUUCUGUUACCUCUGUUCUGUUAUGAUUAAUUUUAAAAAGUGGAACUUGUUCUCGCACACUCAGUAUAGACAAAAUGUCCUUGGAGAAGCUGCUGCUAACACUGUUCAAAAUGUUUUGAUUACGGAUAGGGCUGUAAGGCUUGUAAACUAGAGCUGUGUGUCAAAAAUUACUUAAGAUUUUUGAGAACCAAUUUAAAUUUCAAAUAGGAUUCACUCCACUCUGAAAACCAGUCCCUGAUGGAUCUGAACAAAUGCUUAAAAGAAAGUAAUUCAGAAAAAUCCAAUGGGUUACUUUUUGAACAGGCUAGAAAUACAUAUAGCCUUUCAAAACUCCUGUCCUCAAGAUUUGUGUGAAACUUGUAUGUGUGUCUUGGAAUAUUCUGUAUAUGCUGCACCCGUGCUGGGCCACACUUGUUAUAUGGGCUUUCUUCAUGGAAAUGUUUCACAGGAUUGUUUUUUAUAUGAAAGUGUUGCAAAUUUAUAUUAUGGGUAUUUUUACUGAAAUUCCAUAUAAAUUUUGUAUUUAUGAUCA